AUGAACCUCGACGGCGCCACGGCAGCUGACGAUGUCCUCUUUGGCGACGCGGAGGCGGCGACAGUGCCGCCCUCGCUGCUUGCCUCAGCUGUGGUGAUGGACAUCGCGAUGCACCCGCGCCUGCCGCUCUUCGCCGCCGGCCUUGUAACGGGGGAGGUGGAGGUACACGAGUACCGCACUACCGAGACGCGGCGACGGCCCAUCACGCAGCAGUACUUCGCUAACACCGACGCCACGUUGCAGGCGAGCCCGUACAACCUGCGCAUGCACCCCCGAGGCAGCGUCGCCGCGAUGGAGUUCACGGAGGAUGGGAACUAUCUCGUGACGGCGAGCAGUGAUCGCACAAUCAGCGUCCUGGACUGCGUCGCGGAGAGCAUUGCACUGCACAUCGGCUCCGGUGAGACAUCAAAGAAGUCAGUGACGAGCAAUACAGGCAAGAAGAACAAGAACGCCCCGGAGACGAAAGGAAUCACCAAAAAGAGGGAGAAGAAUCCCCAUAAGUUUGGUAUAUCCGCCUUGAAUGUCUGUGAUGAAAAAAUAGUGGCCACCGGAGACGAUGAUGGCAUGAUUGUCCUUUGGGACAUGCGUCAACGGGCGCCGGCGCACCGAUACCACGAGCAUGGCGACUACGUCUCGCAGAUGGUGUACUUCUCUGACAUUCAAGAGCUCGUCUCCAGUAGCGGCGACACAUGUCUUGGCGUAUAUGACCUGCGCGGUGGAAAAAUCCGCGACUACAGCGAGAAGCGGAAGGAUGAGUUGAGCUGCUUCGCGUUCGUAAACAACACGGGGAAUAACACAAAUACAUUCAUACCUAGCAUCGUCUGUGGGACACCGAACGGUGGCCUGCCUGUGUGGAAGUACGGCUCCUGGCGACGACCGUACGAUCAGCUUGAACGGCACCCGGCUGAGUGUGAGAGCAUUAUCUCUUUCAACAACCCCGACAGCACGUUCAACCACAACAUCAUCCUCACUGGUGCCUGUGACGGCCUCGUUCGAGUAAUUCAGAUGUACCCUGUACGUCGCAACCUGUGCCAGCUUAGUGCGAGAGACUUCACCUACUCACACCACAACUCGCUCGGCGGGAAGAACAGCGGCAGUCACGCCAACACAGCGGUGCGCCGGCAGCGGGGUAACGAGGGGAUCCGUCGCAUGCGGUUGAGCCACGAUUCGGCAAUGCUUGCGGUGUGUGGCACCGACGACAUCAUCGACUUUGUUGACGUGCGUUUCAUGUCGGACGAGCGCGAGCUGGACCGUCUGAGGUCGCAGGCGGAGCAGCAACACAUGGCGGUGCUGCGGGAGAUGGAGCGGGAGCGAGAGCAGGAGCAGGGUCUCGAGUCCACAGACUCCGACAGUGACGAUGAUGACAGCAUGGACAGUGAGAGUGAUAAGGGGGCAAAGAAGAAUGCUGGCAGCAGCAGCACACGCGCCGGUAACUCAAGUGCAGCUAAGAGAAGCCGCGAGAAGGAUGAUGAUGGCAGCGACGAAGAGGAAGAGACCGACAGUGAUGAGGAGGAGGAGGAGGAGGAAGACGCGAAUCCAAAGUCGGAGCGCCAGAAAAAACGUGAGCGUGCCGCCGCCGCGAAGUGGCUAAAGGCGGACAAACGGAAAAAAGUGAACUUCACCUUCGAGAAGCGGCGACGGCGCGUGCAUGGUUUCUUCGGCGACAUAUGCUCCUGA